UUGUAUGGGUUCUAAUAUGAAAUUUUACGGACAUCAAGAAUACAUUUUUUUUUACAUUGAUGCUCUCUCUCUUUAAGCAUCUCUGGAUUUAGAUCUAGACUAUAUAGAUCUAGGUCUGUGAUUUUAUAAUAGUGCCAUCGAGAAUGCCUAAUUUAAGACGGUACUAAGAUGAUGGAUGGAUCUACUACCAGUGCUCCAUAAGGGAAAUCACUCUUAGCUUUUCUUAGAAAAACAGAUCUAGAUCUAGCGCUAGUCUAGAUCAAAUAUUCAUUUGCACGGACUUCAAGAAUACAUUUUUUUUUUCUACACAGAUUAGUCUGGUUAGAGUAGAUCUAGAUCUAACUAAAUCUAUAUAGUAUAAAUCUAUCUGAUAUAUUGUCAUGGGAGGAAAUACUAAUAGAGUGUCUGCGUGGCCUAUAAUAGUUAUAGAAGUAUAGGGAGCUUAGAUUGUAUUUUUGUAUAAUAAAUAUAACAUAUGUAUAUUUAAUAUAUCUUAUCUUAUAUAAUACAGACGUUACUUCAAAAAAGAAGAUGAUUACGUCCUACGCAUCAUGCAUUUAGUCAUGCAUAUUAACCAAUGACUUAAAUUCUGCCAAGUGAUCUAAUCCUGGGAUUCUGGUAAAAAAAAAGGGGAGGGAAGAAAUUGGCUUAAAUUAAAUUUUAUUAAAUAAAAGAAAAUGUCAUUAAGCUCAUCAUUUUCAAGAUCUGAAGGACGCCCAAAGCUGAAAAAUACUAAUAUGAAAUGGUAUACAGGCUUAAUCAAACGACCAUGUGACAGAAGCUCUGAGGAUGUCAGUCAGGCAUUUUUUCACUUGAAAGAGCUAAGUGUGAUGAAAAAGUUUCACUGUAAUCUACUACAACAAAUGUGUUGUUAUGUUCAUUAUGACAAGCUAGAGGAAAAUAUACUAGUAAUUGAGCAAGGAGAACAUGGAACAAACUGGUACACUGUUUUGUCAGGCAGUUUAACAGUUUAUUUUCAGGAUACUAAUGGACAAAAAGCCAAUCAUCCUCUAUGUACUUUGACCCCAGGGUCAUCAUUUGGUGAGGGAAUAUUAACCCAAGAUCCCCAUCAAGUUACAGUGGUGACAAGUUCAGUGGUGGAAUUAUUAUGGUUGGAACUAAACGAUCUUUUAGUUCUGUGGGAGAGAAACAAAGAUCUGAUGGAAAUGGCAAUUACUGCCUUAAUUUAUCUCCCCAGUCUUAGUGAUGAAAUGAAAAAAAUUCAAGCAGGAAAAGAUAUUGAACAAGAAUUAACUCCAAAUCUUGCUGCUCCUGUUUCUAUGGAACCAUCAUCUAAAAUAUCACAUGCUGCUUGGGUGUUGAGAACUAUUUUGGUAUUGAAAUAUUCCCAUAUGAUCAGAGACAGAAAGUAUCACCUUCGUGUUUACAAAAGAUGUAUGGUGGGAUCUGAAAUGGUGGACUGGCUGAUGAAUAUGUUUCCCAAAGUUGAUUCUAGAGAGUUAGCUGUGGGAAUGUUUCAGGCUUUACUGGAAGAAGGAGUCUUAAUGCAUGUUUGCAAGCAGCAUCCUUUCUUAGAUAAAUAUCUGUUCUAUCGCUUUCUGGAAGAUGAAGAAAAUUUGACUUGUACACCAACUGAACUGGACAUUAAGUCGGCACAUGAUGAUAUAAAUGAUGUCAUCAAUUUACUGGCACAAAUAAGUCCUGAUGCCACGAUGAGAAUGAUUUUAAGAAAAAUGCCCGAUGAGCGAACACAAGAUGAAAUAGACAUUAUAUAUGAAGAAUUAAUUCAGAUCAAACCAUUACAACACUUGUCUUAUACAGUUAAAAGAGAGCUAGCAGGUUGCAUUAUGUUUGAGGCUCAUGCUAAAGCAGGCACUGUUUUGUUUAAUCAAGGAGACGAAGGACGCUCAUGGUACAUUAUAUUGAAAGGAUCAGUUAAUGUUUCUAUUUAUGGAAAAGGAGUUGUUUGUGUUCUUGGAGAAACUGAUGACUUUGGUAAACUGGCCUUGAUGAAUGAUGCACCUAGAGCUGCCACAAUUACUUUAGCAGAAGAUAACUGUCACUUUCUUAGAGUUGACAAAGAUGAUUUUAACAGAAUUCUAAGGGAUGUGGAAGCCAAUACAGUACGUUUGAAAGAGCAUGGUCAAGAUGUGUUAGUCUUAGAGAAAAUUCCAGUGGCAGUUGAUUUAAAUGGUUCAUUUCAUUCAGAUCACAAGUAUUCUGUAAUGGCAGGGACACCAGAAAAAGCUUUGGAAUAUCUUCUAGAAACACGCAUGGAACAGAAAAAAGAGCAUCAAAUUCAAGACAUGUUUCUGGAGGAUUUUCUGCUAACACAUUCAAUUUUCUUUUCUGAUGAAAAACUUUGUGCUGCUGUUCUGAACUAUUACUUCUGUGAUAAAAAAUCUGGAGGUAACCAUGAAGACUUAGAGUUUGUCCAGUCUCAGAAGAAAUGUGUCAUUCAUUUUGUACUUGCAUGGCACAAAUUGGAUCCUGAAAAGUUUAUUGGCACUCAAGUUGUUGGCCAUUUUUUGGAGACAUUGACUAAAACAAUUGCUCAAGACUGUGUUUCAUACCCUAGUCUUAUAUCUGAUCAUGAGAAGCUCUUAGCCAUUGUCAGCAGCAGAAAAAGCUUAGUUAGUGGCAAGUCUACAAAAAAGAAAUCUUUAUUUUUGAGUCGCAAAGGUCAAGCCAAAACAGUUUGGUCAGACAGUGAUGGUGAGAAGAAAGUCAGAGCAACAGAUGAAUAUCUUUUCAAAGUCUACUGUGCUGACCAUACUUACACAACCAUUCGACUCUCAAUGAACUCAACUGUUGGCGAUAUAGUUCUUUGUGCCAGGGAUAAGUUGUGUUUAGGACAUGACCCAGUUUUAUGUGAGGUUAAAUCCAAUGGAGAACGAGUAUUGUUUCAAGAAAGAGAUCGCUGUAUUGUGAUGUCACUUAGUUUAAAUGGCAGACUGUUUAUUGCACCAAGAGAACACUUAGAUGCCCUUACCCCGGUCCCUGAACAAGAAGGUCCUUCUACAAGCACAAUGCAUUUGCUAGAAGUUAUGAGUACCAAGGAGCUAGCUAAUCAAAUCACUUUUUAUGAUUGGGAACUAUUUAUGGCAGUCUCUGAGCAAGAAAUAUUAAAUAAAAUAUUUGGGCCAACAGUGUUUCCAGAUGGAAUUUUCCCAAAUUUGCAACAAUUUCUAAAGCGUUUUGAGCAGCUACAGUACUGGGUGGUGACUGAAAUGGUUUUGUUAACUAAUUUGGGAAAAAGAGUUCAGCUUUUGAGAAAAUUUAUUAAAUUGGCUCAGCACUGCAAGGAACUCAAAAAUUUCCAUGGCUUUGCAGCCAUCACAAUAGGACUAGGUCAUCUAGCAGUCAGUAGAUUAUCACAGACAUGGGAGAAACUUCCAAGUAAAACUAAAAAAAUGUUUUCAGAAUUUGAAACAUUUAUGGAGCCUGCUAGAAAUCACAGAAAUUAUAGGAUAGCUGUCAGCAAGUUGACCAGUCCAAUCAUUCCAUUUAUGAAUCUUCUUAUACAAGAUAUGACAUUUACCAAUGAAGGAAAUCAAACAUGUUAUGAUAAUCUCGUCAAUUUUGAGAAAAUGCACAUGAUUGCUCAAACUUUGAGAACUGUGAGAUUCUGUAAACAGAAUCAUGUCGUUAUUUCAGAACCAGCUUCUUCAGAGAGUAUCAAGACAACUGCAGAGAUCAAGUCAUAUGUCAGAAAUCUUCAAGUCAUUGACAAUCAAAGAAUCCUGACCAAUUUUUCUCAUAAAUGUGAACCAAGGAAAGGCUAAACACAAGGAAAGGCUCAACAUACACAGGACUUCAUUCUGGGCAACUUUUUAGUUUUUUGGACUAUCAUAUAACAAUCUUAAACAAUAGCUUUUAUCUAUUUAGUCAUCUGCCUUAGGCCAGGUUAAAUGUGUUGAUCUUCAUAGCUUUAAAAAACAAUGUACUAAUAUACAGGGCCAUGGUUUGUUUUGGGAAGACAUGAAAUGUCUGAUUUGUGUUUAAUAAUGUAUGGCUGAACCAACAAUCGUUGUAUAAAAAUAGCAUUGUAUAACAUUCCCUGCUUCACAUUACAGAAGAGAAAAUAAAGUUGUAAACAUUUCUACAAAAGUUUGGUCUUGAUGUACACAAUUUUUAAUUUUAAUUAUUUUGAAUUUCAAAGUUAACUUCACAAGCUUAUGUCUAUACGACUAGUUGGGCCCUCAGCAUGAAAUGUAUGAUAAAUUUUGUAGAGUGUUUCAUUUCACUGCUAGUAGAACAUGGAAAUGUUAUUUCUGUUAGCAAGUAAAACCUAAUCUGUAAUUAUCUUGAACUAGAAACACAUGGAGGAGUGUACAAUAUUAUUUCUGUCAUUCGUAAAAUAAUAUCUGCAUUUUUUUUGGAGUGGACAGCUAUUGCUAGAGGUUUAUUUUAUGUUGUUUUUACUUUACCAAAUAUGUAAUAAUAAAACACAUCUAUCAUAACUUGUGACACAUUGAAUCUCAAUGCCUUGUUUUUUAAUUAUUCUUCACUACCAUGGAGGGAUUGCACAUCAAAUCUUGAGUAUUUUCUUUCUGCUUCUGAUUUCAGUCUGAUUGGAAAAGUUCCUGGUAAAAUUAGUUUUGCUAGACAUUUUACCUUUAAUUAACUUUGCUGGAUCUAAUUACAAAAUGGUACAUGACUCAUGUUAAGUAUUAUUUUUUGUCUAGUUUUACAUUUUAUUUCGUCAUAAUUUAACUUUCUGUACUGUAAGAUAGAGGAGGUUCAGUACCUGAGCAGUAAAGCGCUUGGCUUCCGAACUGGGGUUCGAAUCCUGGUGAAGACUGGGAUUUUUUUUUUUUUGAUCUUUGAGCACCAUUGAGUCUACCCAGCUGUAAUGGGUACCUGACAUUAGUUGGGGAAAAGUAAAGGCGGUUGGUCGUUGUGCUGACCACAUGACACCCUCAUUAACUGUAGGCCACAGAAACAGAAGACCUUUACAUCAUCUGCACUAUAGACUACAAGGUCUGAAAGGGAAACUAUUUUUGUACUCUUAGUGUAUAAUAGCAUCACUUAAUAAAUAGUGUAAUUUUGCAUGAUUAAAGAAAAAAAAAUUAGUCUUAUCCAGUGACUAGAAUGUUGAGAAAUAGUGAUUAUCUUUGAAGCUUUAUUUGCAUAAUUUGACAUUUCAGUAAAUGAGAGCUUUAGGAUCAAUAAAUAUGCAAAACUUGUUGUUCCUGAGAAACUUAACAUUUUAAACUAGCCAUCUCAGUAGCGUUAUGUAAUAAUAAUAAUCAUCUUUAUUAUUCUUAAGGAUUCAUUAAACAAUGCAAUGAACCUAUCAAAGCAUUUCCCUAAAGAAUUUUUAUUGAAUUUCUUUUCUUUUUAUGCUGUUACUUAUACAGCAUUUUGUUUUAGCAAUUUCCUUUAGGCUCAAGUCAUUGGUAUUGCAUUUCUUUUUCCUGAAAGGGCAGAACUCCAAAACUUCAGCCUUACUGUAAAGCAAAUUUUCUUUGGCUAUUUCAGUAAAUAAAAACAUUUAUUUGGAUUUUGUAUUUUUCUGGUGAUAUUUUUUUUUUUGUCAAACUGAAAUAAAAUGUUACACAAAAGUCAAUACAAAAUGUUACUGUUUGCUAUUAUUCAAUUGCAGUUUUGCAAUUUACUUUUCAUUUAUUUUGAAAAUCAAUUUUACUUUAUACUUAAAUAUUGUGUUCAUUGGUAAAAUAUCUUCUCACUGUGGCUCUGUAUCUUUUCCUGUACCUGUGAUUUUUUUGUCCAUGUAUUUUUAUUUUUUUUUAUUUUAUGUAAAUUUUUAAAAAAUCUCUCUUAAUCCCUUACAUCACAUUUUUUUGUUCUAUUUGAUACUACAGAACUAGUGUCCCUGAUCAGUUAUUGUUGUUUGUUGUGUUGUACAAACUUAAUAUGUUUAAUAAAAGGUUGUUCACUCUAAUGAAAGCCAAAAGAAUUGACAUAAUCCAACAGUGCAAUCAAUGUGAAACAAUGUCUAUUAUAAGUAUUCAUGUAUGUUUGGCCAUAUAGUUCAAGCCUCAGUAUUUCAUUGAACUUGAUAGUUCUAUACUGGUGUAUUCAAAGCUCUGUUGUAGCUAUUGAUACCACCUUUUCUUAUUGGUAUAUUUGUUUGACUUAACAACUGUUUAUUUAAUGUGUGCAAUAUUCAUUGAGCUGUGCAAGACAUAACAAUCUAAAUAUGAGAACUUCAGACUGAUUGUUUUUCUCACUACUGUUGUAAAGGGACAAUUUUACAAACUUUUCUAAUCAUUCCAAUAUUUUUUUAAUAUCUGUCUAUAGAUGUGCAAUCAUAUUUAUUUAGUAUUUAUUGUUGAUAUUCUAGUGGAUAAAUUCCAUUUAUAAUCAUUCCUUUAAUGAUAUAAUAGUUCUGAUAAUUUGUUCUAUGUAUAUUAUACCUGGAGCCCAGUUCUUAAGCUUGACUUGUGGACAAGAAUUCUGUACCAUUAAUCAGCUUAUCUUCCUUUUCUUGUACAGUGUUGUCUUCUCUUAUCUCUCCAUCCAAUGUGGUGUUUAUGGAGAUUGGAUUAUCUUUCCAUUGUAAACUGAGAACUUAACAUAAUGGGAUAAUUUAUGAAAUAAAUGGUUAUGGAAAGGAAA